AUGGCGACAAAUCUCACACGCCGUGGGUUCCUGGCAGCGUUUUCGACACGCGAUGCCACAUUGGCUACGAACGAUGCGCCGGAAGAUAAACUGCCCGUGAACCAAGAUAUUUCAUUUGAUUUCGAACCGGAUGAACCAGCAAAGCCGCGGAGAAGCUAUCUACAAAAACGAGCAGCAUCUGUCUCCUCCCGCAGACCAUUGGGCUCAAAGCAACCCGCGCCGAGGUCAAAGGCCAAGAAGAUUACUAGCCAGGAAAAGGAGACUUUCAAGGCCCUUUUGGAGAAGCUGAAUGCCAAGCGCGCAGAAAAUGACGGAGGAGAUACAUCAAACCCAUUGAGCGCAGUGAAACAAGCCGAGAUCACAGAGCUCAUGUCCGUAUUCGACUCAUUACUACAAGAAUCCAACAGGAAAAAGAAAAAAGAAGCCCGAAAGCAAAAGGAGGAAGAGUCAAAAUACAUACCAAAACCAGAACGACCAGCAACGGAAGAAGAAGUCUCAGAAGACAAAGGUCCCCAAAGAAUCAACAUCGACGACCUGGGCUACACAGAAGCAGCAACAUCUGGAGCUGCGAUAACAAUCACAAUGAAAGAAGCGAUCGACAUGGUAGUCCAGCGCGAAUCAGAACACAUCGAGUUCGCCCUCUUCCAAGCAAUCGAAGAAGGAAAAGGAGACAUGGGCGUCUGGGAAGUAUGCAAAGCGCGCAUCUUCUCCAUGCUGCACCACGUCGAAAGCCAACCAGCACGCAAAGUCCCCCGAAGUGCAGGGCCGCUCCGGGUCCCGGCUGUCGUCCCCAUCGCGCCGGUCGUUGCAACUCUAUACCCGAAGACAUUGCUCAUCGCGUUCCGCCUGCUGAAUACGCAUUUCCCUGGGUCGCCGCUUAUUGGGCAAUUCCGUUCGAAUAUCAAGGAGCAUGGACGGCUGUCUUCCCUGCUUGGUGCUUCGUCAGGUCUGUAUGAUGAGAUGCUUUACUUCCACUGGCGUGGUUGUAAGGAUCUGCCAGGUGUUGUGUCUUUGCUACGUGAGAUGGAGGUUAUCGGGUUGACGCCUAGUGAUAAGUCGCGGGGCAUGUUGACUGCGCUUGUUAUUCGGCGGAAUCGGGAUCUCGAGGCGCAUCGGGAGGCCGGUGGUGGUGGUGAGCACUCUUUCUGGGAUUUGCCGUCUAACAAGGAGGCGUUUGAAGCGCUUACUUGUCGGGGUGGGUGGAUGGAUAAGGUCGAGGCGAGGGCGGAGGAGGAUGCUCGUCGGAGGGAGAGUCAUCGCAAGUUCCGCGGUUGA